AUGCGGAAGGUGCAUGUGGCAGCAGCAGCCGGUGGAGCCAUCAUGUCAAAACACGAGCAAAUUCUCAUCCUCGACCCGCCCAUCGAGCUCAAAUUCAGAGCACGUAGAGCCUUGAGCCUUAAGGAUAAGCUGGUACAGAGUGAAUAUAGUAGGAAAAAACCUACAUCUACAUGGCUAAGUGAAAGAGGGAAAACCAAACGUGACCUGAAAGACCGAGUGAGGGAGCAUAGGGAUGACAUCAAGAACAAGGUGCAAGACAGUCCAGUGGCCAGGCACUUUGAAAGGCUACGUGGCCCUUGUGGCUUUGACACGUUUUUUUCUUUGGCCUGCACGGUGUACCUUGUGACCAGGCAUGUUCACGUUUCUAGUCACCAUUUCCUAAUGUUGCAGCCAUUUGACUAUGACCCGAAUGAAAAGAGUAAACACAAGUUUAUGGUGCAGACGGUAUUUGCUCCACCAAAUAUAUCUGACAUGGAACUUGUGUGGAAAGAGGCAAAACCUGAUGACCUUAUGGACUCAAAGUUGAGAUGUGUGUUUGACAUGCCACAUGAACACGAGAAACCGGCACAUGAAGCAACCAAGCUUUUUUCAACUUUGCCUGGAACUGGACACAAAAUGGGUGGCAGUUCUUCCAUGGAUGAUACAGAGACAAGGAAGUUAAUGGAGGAGUGUAAGAGGCUUCAGACUGAAAUGAUCAAACUGUCAGAUGAAAAUCAGCACCUUAAAGAUGAAAGCUUAAGAUUGAGGAGGCAAGCAACAGAUAAAUCAGCCAAAGCAAUGGUUCAAGAUCAAGGCAACCCAAUCCCAUCGCUUUUUGUUGUCAUUGCAGCAAUUUUCAUAGGAUUCUUUUUAGGGAAAAUCAUCUAAAUUAAAGCAUGCAGUGCUGUCACGUUUUUCCUGUUCAGAAAGAGUUGUUUAUCUACCAUAUCAUUGGUAGCAGUGGUCCAAAAUGACCAUUUUGUGUACAGCAUCAAUGUAGGGCUCUGCCUUUAACACUCACAGUUAGAAAAACAAAGUAAAAAACAAACAAAAACAAAAAACUGUUUGGCUAUGGGACUAAAUUGUAUAUUAAUGCAUCAACAGCAGGUGUGUCCGUUGCACAUUCAGUACUUUAUGGGGGGGAAAUAGUCAUUGAAGAAUUCUUUAUUUCUGUGGUUUUAAUAAGAAUUUAAAUAUGUUAAGUCUUGUAAAUGUUAUUUUAAUCCUUUUUUAAUUGUUUCUGUUGCUGUUAUAUUUUGCAAUUUCUUUAGAUUUCUUAUCAUUCAGGUACAUGACCAGUAUCUUGGAAUGGUCUCUUCUAUCUGUUCAUUUUAUGAUCAAUCUACAAUGGCAGUUUCAAAUUCUUCGUAUGAGAUUUUUUUUAUUUUUGUUAAAUUCUUGUUCCAAAUUAUGUCCAGUUAUGUUGAACAUUAAAGAAAAUAAAACCAGUAAAAUUA